AAAGGACUACGUCGUAAACUGUUUUAAAAACGAAAACUUUUCGAAACGGCAUGUCAACUUCAAAAAUUAAGUAAAUGUAUGCGAUCUCUUUAUAGACACUAAUAGUUGUUGCGGCGAGUUUAAUAACGCAAGAGACAGAAGAUGACAUUUUCAUUGGUAAGAAGAAUAGUUAUUAAAGAGCGAGCUAAAUUUCCACGACGUUUGUAUACUUCCGAGGGAAGCAACCUCCCUACCUGGAAAGAAACGCCGGAUUGUCCUGUAAUAUCCACAGAAGACUUCCCAAACUUACGAAGGGAAGAAUUAGCUGGACAGAGAACUUUAAGGAUAGCGAUUUUGGGAUUGCCGAAUGCUGGAAAGAGUACUUUAGUUAAUCAGCUGGUUUUCCGUCCAGUAUGUGCCGCAUCGUCAAAAGUGCACACGACUCGUAUAAUGGCUGAUGCGAUUUACUGUCAAGAAAACACUCAGCUCGUAUUUAUCGAUACUCCAGGCCUGGUGACAAAAAACAAAUCGAACGAAUUCAAUUUAGAGAAGAGUUUUAGCACCCAUCCUGGAGAAUCGAUUAAGAGAGCAGAUAUCAUUGGGAUCAUGCAAGAUGCAUAUAACACAUUCAGUGGGUGCAAAAUAAAUUCGCAAAUCAUGGAGAUUUUAGAGCGAUCGAAAGCUAUACCGUCGAUACUUAUUUUGAAUAAGGUGGAUAUAAUAAAGAAGAAGGAGAUACUACUUAAGCUAGUUAAGUCACUGACCAGUAAGGAAGGCUGGCCACAUUUUAAGGAUAUCUUUAUGGUAUCUGCUUUAACUGGUGACGGUGUUGAAGAUUUAAGGACCUAUUUCCUUGAUUGUGCGAAGCCAAGAAACUGGGACUACGAACGUCACAUCUUUUCGAAUCAGUCAUUCGAGGAUUUAAUCGUGCAGACAGUUAAAGCUAAAUUAUUGGACAGUCUUCCGAACGAAUUACCUUAUAUACUCAAACCUGAAAUGGAGCACUUUACCAUCCGUCCUGAUGGUAGCAUUAGCUCGAUCGUCCUAAUCGAUUGUCCCUCGGACAGAAUUGCAAAACUUGUCUUAGGUAGAAGAGCGAUAAGAGUCAAGACUAUAGCCCAGGAAUGUGAACAGAACUUAUUAAAUGCGUUUCAGACUCCGGUAAAGAUAAAAUUAGACGUUAAAUUCAAAGGCUUCCUUCAAGUGUUCCCAGUAUGGACUCCAAGCUGCUAAAGAUGACAAUUGCCACUGUCCAAAAUACCAGGCAGCAAGCUAAAUGGAAAAUGGGAUUUAAUGAACC